GGAAACGUUUCCUUGACAGUCAACUAGCAACGCGCUGCGCUUGGCGUCUGUUUUGUGUUUGCAGCACUGCAGUAGCUGAUUAGCUCGACUGGAGAAACCGAACUGUAAUCUCGUUGGUCUGAUUUGAUUCUCUGUAUCAGUUAUUUAUUGCUAAACUGUAAAAAUGAGCCUAACUCUAAGGACUGACCUUACUGCUGAUAAGAAUAAGAGGAAGAAAAGGAAAGAACUUACUGAGGAGCAAAAGGAUGAAAUCAAGGAGGCGUUUGAGCUCUUCGACACAGACAAAGAUAAAGAAAUAGAUUAUCACGAGUUAAAGGUGGCAAUGAGAGCUCUGGGUUUUGAGGUGAAGAAAGUAGAUGUGUUGAAGAUCCUAAAGGACUAUGACCGAGAAGGAACUGGGAAAAUAACUUUCGAAGAUUUCAAAGAAGUGGUGACAGACAUGAUAUUGGAGCGAGACCCAAAAGAGGAGAUUCUGAAGGCGUUUAAACUUUUCGAUGAUGAUGAAACGGGAAAGAUAAGCCUGAGAAACCUGCGGCGUGUCGCUCGUGAGCUGGGCGAAGACAUGACUGACGAAGACCUGCGAGCCAUGAUUGAUGAAUUUGACACCGAUGGGGACGGAGAGAUUAAUCAAGAGGAUUUCAUCUCCAUCAUGACCGGCGACUCGUGAGCAGCUGUGACCCAAUGAAAAUGUGUGCUGAAGAUUUGGCUGACCUUAUUUAUGAGCAGUAAACCACAUUUCAGAUGUAUGGAAUGGUAGGUGCGACUGGUGCUGAAAUUCUGGACAGAUGCUUGAACUGUACUGGAUGUGAAGGACAAAUGACAUUUUGGGUCAUGAAUAUGAAUAGGUUGGUUCAAUUUUUAUUGGGAUAUUUUGUAUUUGAUCAUUGCAAAUGUGUUAUGUCUUGAGUAUUAAUAGUUUGUGUUGCAACUGUUCAUUUUGCAUUUGAAAUAGCAUUGCAGAGUACUAUUAAUUGUAAAUACACAGUAAAAAAAAAAAAAAGAAGUGUGUUUGUAUCUUUGACUAAAGUGCAGUGUCAUCAUCACAGCCAUGUUGCUUCUCAAGGACAGCAUGGGAU